AUGCGUGCCUGCCUUCUAUUCGUCUCUGCCAUUGUGGCAUCUGCCUCAGCCUUGGGCGUGCGCAAUAACGACGGCAAGGACAUCGACAACAAAAUCGACAAGAACCUGAUCUGCGGUGUUGGCGGCAUCUCCGAUUUCUUUGACUUCAAGCACAUUUUUCACCACAUCUGCGACUGUCCCCAAUUUACCAAAUCCACCCCAUUCUUCGAUAAGCAGGGUAUUCUGGUCGGCAACGUCUGUGCCCACUUCAUCCACAAGGACGGCGCGCCAACUCCCACACCCGGAUGGGCUUGA